UGAAGUCUUCUUGCUCCCUUGUUCUCAGAAUCGCCCAGAUAAUACGGAGUAGCUGUCGGUCAAUUGCACAGUUGCGAGAGAUCUCACACACUCUCUCGACAUCCGUUGAUCUUUUUGCAAGUCAUUUCAUUUUCCUUGACUGCGGGGUCGUCGCUUUCGCAGUAUCAGAAAGAUUCAAGAAUGACGGUCACCACUCCUCGCCGAAGGCCGUCCCGGAAGGGAUCAAUGGCCGAUAUGCCAAAGGACCUGCUCGAGCAGGUGAAGGAGCUCGAGGAGCUCUUCACAGUCGACCAGGCUCGGUUGAAGAAAAUCGUGGACCACUUUGUAAAAGAGCUGGAGAAAGGUCUCAGUGUACAGGGUGGGAACAUCCCUAUGAAUGUCACUUGGGUUAUGGGCUUUCCCACUGGCCAUGAACAGGGUACGUUCCUCGCGCUUGAUAUGGGCGGUACCAACCUCCGUGUCUGCGAGAUCUUCCUUUGCGAGAAGAAGGGUGAAUUCGACAUCACUCAGUCCAAAUAUCGCAUUCCGGAGGAGUUGAAGAGCGGCAAUGCCGAUGACCUCUGGGAAUACAUCGCCGAUUGUGUUCAGCAGUUCAUUGAAUACCACCAUGAGGAGGAAAAUUUGCCGGACCUACCCCUGGGCUUCACCUUCUCCUAUCCCGCUACUCAGGAGUAUAUUGACCACGGUGUGUUACAACGAUGGACUAAGGGCUUUGAUAUUGACGGCGUGGAGGGUGAGGAUGUUGUGCCUAUGUUAGAAGCGGCCCUUGCAAAGAGGGGUCUCCCGAUCAAAGUCGCUGCCUUGAUCAAUGAUACCACCGGAACUCUGAUCGCCUCUGCUUACACUGAUCCUGAGAUGAGGAUUGGCUGCAUCUUCGGAACAGGAGUUAACGCGGCAUACAUGGAGAAUGCGGGAUCCAUCCCAAAAAUCGCUCAUUACAACCUUCCCCCUGAUAUGCCCAUCGCCAUUAACUGUGAAUAUGGUGCCUUUGAUAACGAGCGUGUGGUACUUCCGUUGACUCAAUAUGACGUCGUGAUUGACCGUGACUCCCCGCGGCCCGGGCAACAGGCCUUCGAAAAGAUGACCGCCGGUCUGUAUCUUGGCGAAAUCUUCCGGCUGGUCCUUCUAGACCUUAUUGACAACAAAGGCAAUCUCAUUUUCGAAGGCCAGGACGUCAGCAGCCUCCGGAAACCGUACUGCCUAGACUCUUCCUUCCUGGCGUACAUCGAAGAAGAUCCUUUCGAGAACUUGUCUGAAACCAGGGACCUUUUCGAGCGCAAUCUUGGAAUCAAGGCCACCAAGCCUGAGCUUGAGCUCUGCCGCCGCCUAGCAGAACUUAUUGGUACUCGCGCUGCGCGCCUCUCCGCUUGCGGUGUCGCGGCCAUUUGCAAAAAGAAGAAUAUCAAAUCUUGCCAUGUUGGAGCUGACGGUUCCGUCUUCAACAAAUAUCCCCAUUUCAAGGCCCGCGGAGCCAAGGCACUUCGUGAGAUCCUCGACUGGGCUGAUGAUGAGGAAGAUAAAGUCAUUAUAUGCUCUGCCGAGGACGGUUCUGGUGUUGGUGCCGCACUGAUCGCAGCGCUGACGCUCGAGAGAGUUAAGCAGGGAAAUCUAGCCGGCAUUCGAAAGACAGACACGAUGAAGAAGCUGCUGUGAAUUUUUCCCUCUUUCCUUGUUGCUCGUUUUCUUUUGGUGUCGUUCAUACAGCGGAUAUUAUGAUAUCCCCAUACAUACAGAGGUUGGAUUUGCUUCUUUAAUUGGCUGAUUUGGUGUUUACUUAGCUUGAAAGGCGCUAUUGGCCCUUAUAGAGUAUUAUUUUUCUGAAAUAUCACAACUAUAGAUCGCAUAUACCUCUAAUAGAAG